CAGCAGACGCCCGGACCCGCUUCCAGCUGCGACCAGUGCCAUGGCACGGAAGAGUCGCGGGCGAGGAGGUGGCAGAGGUGGCAGUGGUGGCAGAGGUGGCAGAGGCCGAGCCAGGAGCUCGGGCAUCGAGCAGUAUGGCCAAGAUGAAGCAGAUGAGUUCUUGGCCCUCGAUGAAUCGGGCCAGGAGGAGGACGAAGAUGACAUGGAGGAAGAAGACGUCAUGGCGCUGAAGCCGUAUGGUGAGGAGCCUGCGGUCAAGGAUAAGAAGAAGAAGAAAAAGGACAAAAAGAAGACGGAGGAGUCCGAGUCUGAGGACUUGGCUCCAGCUAGCAAGGGCUGGGGCCGCAACGACUUCUACGGGGGCGAGGAUGCGGAGGAUGACUCGGGCAGCGAUGAGGAGCGCACCUUGAAGGAGGCGAGGAAGCUGGACGAGCUGCGUGCCUCGCGGCUGCAGGAGCUCAGCGAUCCGUUGACUGCUUUGCUGGGACCUGAAGCAACUUUGAGUGAAGAGAAGUCGGCACAGCCGGAUGCAGAGCAGUUCGAGGCAAUGUUCGCGGAAGAAGCCGAGAAGGGUCAUGUGGACCGCGACCUGUCCCAGUUGUCGGAGGCCAAAAGGAAAAGCCUGCUGAAGAAGGAGGCGCCAGAGCUGAUGCCAUUGCUGGAGGACUUUCAGCAAAAGCUGGCAGCCCUGUCGCCUCUUCUGCCCCUGCUAAAGGCGCCGCUGCCUCUUUCUGGUGCAGCAUAUUUGGAGGCCAAGGUGAGCCUUUUGCUAAACCACCUCGCGAACCUCUCCUUCUACUUGCUCAUGAAGUCAGAGGGAGGGGAGGUGAAGUCGCACCCCGUUGUGUCCCAGCUGGUGUGGCUCAGGCAGCUGGAUGAGUUGAUCAAGCCUUUAGACCAGCGCCUGAAGAAGAGCCUGCACAAGGCAGCGAAGGUGGCCAAGAAGCUGCCGAGAGAGGAGGCGCCGCGCCCGCCGGCCCCACCGCCGGAAGCGCCGAUGCCGCAGCCAGCGGCGCCCAAGGCGCCUGCAACCCUGGCGGAGCGAUUAGAGAAGCUCCGGAAGAAGCAGAAGCCCGCGGAGGCCGCGGCCGACGCGCCCGCGGGCGCCACGCGCGCGUCGGCGGCGCCGGCGUCGGUGGCGUCGCUGCUGAAGCUGCCGGCGGCGAAGCGUCGAGCGGCGAGCAACGGCCCAGAGGACCUGGAGGAGAUCGACCCCACGUUGGGCGCCUGGAUGCCGAACGACAGCCUGAGCCAGCAGCUGUCGGAGGUGCAGCAACACCUCCGGGAGCGCAAGGCCAAGGCUGCGCCCCAAGCCUCCGACAGAAACGUGGAGCCCCGCGCACGACAUUCCCGGCGCGGGGAGGCGCCCGAGGAGGAGCCACAGAAGGAUACUGCGGAGGCGGCAGAGGACAGCGACGAAGGCGACGAGAUGAUUCGGGCGGCGAAGAAGAAGAUCAAGGCCAAGAAGGAGCAGAAGGCCGCGGAGCUGUCGGCCAAGGCCAAGGCCAAAGUGGCCCAGCAGUUCCGCCCCGAGAAGAAGAUUGAGGGGCGGCGUGGCACUAGCAAGCAGAUUUUGGAGAACAGGGGCCUGGUGCGGCAUCGCAAGCAGAAGGCGGGCAACGCGCGGGUGGCCAACCGGGAGAAGUACCAGAAGUUGCUGAAGCGCCGCAAGGGCGCCGUCCAGGAGAUGCGCGAGGCGGCGCCCGAUGGCGCCACCUACGAAGGCGAAGCUACUGGUGUGCGCACCCACGUCAAGAAGUCCCUGAAGCUGAGUUGAGUCCCAAAGCUGGACGGGAUGCAAAGGGACAAAGGGCUAUGAGGGUCGAACUCGACGAUGCGAAGGGAACUGCAACCCGAAGGGUUUUUGCAGGUUCUUCUGGUUUU